AUUCACCAUCUAUAUUCUUUUAAUCUUUUUAUCACAUUAUAUUCCCUUUCCCUUCCUAGCUACCUUUAUAUAGGAAAUCAAAUUAAGGUGACUCCACAUCUUUCUUUUUCCAGCUCUCAUCAUUUACGUACAAGUACGACUUACUAUCUAUCUUACUUCCGAUUCCACUAGAAAGAGCAAGAUACAACGUAACACUGUCGAAGGAUAUGAAUCUGUCAGUAAAUGGGCAAUCUCAAGUGCCUCCCGGAUUCCGUUUUCAUCCCACGGAGGAAGAACUUCUUCACUAUUACUUGAGGAAAAAGGUUGCCUAUGAGAAAAUUGAUCUUGACGUUAUUCGCGAUGUUGAUCUCAACAAGCUCGAACCAUGGGACAUUCAAGAGAAGUGCAGAAUAGGAUCGACACCACAAAACGAUUGGUACUUCUUCAGUCACAAAGACAAGAAGUAUCCGACAGGAACUCGAACCAAUCGUGCUACUGCAGCGGGGUUCUGGAAGGCUACUGGUCGCGAUAAAGUCAUACACAGCAACGGUAAGAGAAUAGGGAUGAGAAAGACCUUAGUCUUUUAUAAAGGACGCGCCCCUCAUGGUCAGAAAUCAGAUUGGAUCAUGCACGAGUAUCGCCUUGACGACAACAUCAAUAUUUCCCAAGAACCCGUCAACGUUAACGUCAAUGAAUCAAGUAACCAGGAAGAAGGGUGGGUGGUGUGCCGUGUGUUCAAGAAGAAGAAUUAUCAUAAGGCUCUUGAGAGUCCUCAGAGCUCAUCAGCAGCACUCUCCAGGAGUAGUACACUUAUUCAGAAACCAAACAACGACGGCGUUCUUGAUCAAAUACUCAUGUACAUGGGAAGGUCAUGCAAACAGCAAGACUUGGAAAACAAACACAACAACAACAACCUCCUCCUCAACAACAUCAAUAACAUUCACUUAGAUGAUCAUAUAAUGCAAAUAAAUAACACCAACUCCUUCAUGAUCAACAACAACAAUAAUAGAUUCAUCCACCUCCCUGGCCUAGAGAAUCAUCAUUCUCCAACCAACAACAUGGAUGACGUGUCAUCUCUCCAACUUAUCCAACAAGAUUGCUGUAGUUUCGGUGAGAUGCUCACACAAACUCAUCCGAAAAUUGGGCCUGGGCCUGGGCCUGUUGAGAUGAGAUGGUCACACACUAAUUCAACGGGAUCUGGUCCAAGUGAUUGGGCAUCUCUCGAUCGUCUGGUGGCUUCUCAACUUAACGGCCACGAUCAUUUGGAAAAUAUUUCAUCAAACAACGACAUAUGUUUUCCUCUUCAUCAUCAUGGGAGACCAAAUGAUGACGACGAUGCGCUCUCCCAAUCUCAAGCACAUGAUGACGACAUUGAAUUUUGGAGCUACGCUCGAUCGUCCUCAUCAUCACCCUCCGAUCCAUUAUGCCACUUGUCGGUUUGAUUCGAUCUCCAUUCGUAUAUUAUGUAGAGCAAAAUACGUACGUGUAUAUACAUAGUUCAAGGUGAGACGUUUACUAUAUAUAGUACGUUAAUUAGUUUGAUUGAUACAAUGAUAGUAGUACUACGUACGUAUUUUUUUUCUUUUUCUAGUAAUACUACUAAUCUUGAAUAAUGGAGUAUCUUGACAUGAAACAUAUGAUUGUCAAGAUAAU